GGGUGGGGAAGCCCCGGGGCGCUGCCGCCUCUUCCCUCGCCACAAGUCAGGUCGGACAGGACAGGGCGGGGUGGCGGGCAGCUCGGUGUGCAUUCACACUCCCUGAGCUUUGCCAUCACACAGCCCGGGUUCCCGAGCGGCAAAAAGUUCCGGGCAAACCUUGGGUGAAGCCAGGACGUGCCUCCCCCCACCGGAAUAUGGAGCUACUGUCACCGCCGCUCCGAGACGUAGACUUGACGGGCCCCGACGGCUCUCUUUGCUCCUUUGCCACAGCGGAUGACUUCUAUGACGACCCGUGUUUUGACUCCCCGGACCUGCGCUUCUUCGAGGACCUGGACCCGCGCCUGGUGCACGUGGGCGCACUCCUGAAGCCUGAGGAGCACUCGCAUUUCCCUGCGGCCGUGCACCCGGCCCCGGGCGCGCGCGAGGACGAGCAUGUGCGCGCGCCCAGCGGGCACCACCAGGCGGGCCGCUGCCUACUGUGGGCCUGCAAGGCGUGCAAGCGCAAGACCACCAACGCCGACCGCCGCAAGGCCGCCACCAUGCGCGAGCGACGCCGCCUGAGCAAAGUUAAUGAGGCCUUCGAGACGCUCAAGCGCUGCACGUCGAGCAACCCUAACCAGCGGUUGCCCAAGGUAGAGAUCCUCCGCAACGCCAUCCGCUAUAUCGAGAGCCUACAGGCUCUUCUGCGCGACCAGGACGCCGCGGCCCCUGGCGCUGCCUCCGCCUUCUACGCGCCAGGCCCGCUGCCCCCCGGCCGCGGAGGCGAGCACUACAGCGGAGACUCGGACGCGUCCAGCCCGCGCUCCAACUGUUCCGACGGCAUGAUGGACUACAGCGGCCCUCCGAGCGGCGCCCGGCGGCGGAACUGCUAUGAAGGCGCCUACUACAGCGAGGCGCCCAGCGAACCCAGGCCCGGGAAGAGUGCGGCCGUGUCGAGCCUAGACUGCCUGUCCAGCAUCGUGGAGCGCAUCUCCACCGAGAGCCCCGCGGCACCCGCGCUCCUGCUGGCCGACGUGCCGCCGGAGUCGCCUCCGCGCCCGCAAGAGGCGACCGCCCAGAGCGAGGGCGAGCGUGGCGCCCCCACCCCGUCCCCGGACACCGCCCCGCAGUGCCCGGCGGGCGCGAACCCCAACCCGAUCUACCAGGUGCUCUGA